CUCAGUUCCAACAGAAAAGCAUUUUAAAGCAGCAAGACCCUUUUGCUAGCAAUGCCACGUUUGCUUGUUUAAGACUAGCGGACAGAACAACUUGUAGUACAGGUCAGCACUCAUUGUCUAAGUCAGCAGGGCCCAAAAAUGGAGAGCAAUCGGCCAAAAGACCCACGCGCACAGAGAAAGAGAGAGACGCAUCCGUAUAUGUCAGCACCGCAUCGUACAUGAGUGCAGUUGUGCCCUCCCUUCCCCGCCACUGGCCCUCCCUGGAACCGGCCUGACCGCAUUUCGCACUCUCCCGCCGUCUCCACGGGCCUGCCUAUCAUUUCUCAACCAUUCCUCGCCACGUUAAGCGAAUCAAAAGAUCAGACACCCACACACAUCCGUGCAAUUGGGAUGGUGGCCAGUCUAAGUCAGUCAUUCAGUCAGUCAGUCAGCCAGCAUAUUUCCCUUUUCCGCCCCGCCCGUACUUGAAGAGAGUGUUGCCGCUGUGCUCCUUGACGCGCUCAAAGACGAUCGCGCCGAUGCCGUCGCACAGCUUGCCGCCAAGCUGUGGGUCAAUGGCGGGCUCGAAGUGUACGCCAGUCCACAGGCGGCUCUUGGCGCACACAGCCGCUAUCUGGUCAAACGACUCCCACCUGAAGGCAGGUGCAUCCAUCCAUCCAUCCAUCCAUCCAUUUGAUGUGUCAUUCAGCUGCAUAUGAGUGUGUGUGUUGUUACUCACUCGACGAUCAGGUCUGUCGUUGGCGACAUGCCCGUCUCGACGAGGGAUGACCCCUUGGGGAAAUAUGCCCUCAGCUUGCCGCUGAUGUCGAAGCCGUCAAAUGCGAUCUUUGCGAACUCCAUCGACUCACGGCACAAGCACGUUGACGCCGACGGAUACUCUGACGGGUGAUUGAGUGAUGAGUGCACGGCGAUCGAGGGAGGCAAGGGAGACAUAAGGACAAGAGGGUCUCACCUGUGUGUGGCAUUGUCCUCAAGUAGGACUUCCAGUCACUCCCCAUGAUCGGCUUGACGCCCUCCUUUGGCACGUACGUGGAAAAUCUGACAACCACACACACAGGCAUCCAUCCAUGUGUGUCUGUCCAUCCAUCCAUGUGUGUGUGUCCAUCCAUCCACGUGGGUACGUUUGUACAUUUCGUGGUGAAAAUAGUGUUGGAUGAAGGACUGCGGUCUGACGGCUUCGUGGAAGAUCUUCUCCUUCCAGGCCACAAUGGUGGCGUCGUACAGCAGCCCGACGUAGCCCAAGUCGAUGGCCGUGAACUCUUCAAAGGUCAUGUCCAACGGCUGACAGACAUGACACACACACACACACACACACAACACCGGAACGUAGAAUGGUUUGUAUGUGUUGGGCCUGUUCAUUUGCCGGUGCGCUGUGCUCACCUUGAUGAGCUGGAGGAGUAUCGGGCCGAGGGAAUACAGCUAAGCGAGCGAGACAGAUAGACGCAAAGUCGAUAUGCACAUACAUGUACACCGAUUCAGGCAUAUUGUACAUAUUUCGCUCACUCUCACCUUGUUAUCAAAAAACUCUCCGAUCGCCUUCUUCUUCUCUAACAGACCGCCCACACACAAGACACACGCGUCAGUCAUGCGUGUCUGCCCCUCCAUGAAUCAAUCACAUCCACCGCCCGGCCACCGACCGUCGAGCUCGAGCGAUUCUUCGAUGACCUUCCAGGCCCUCUCCUUGAGCAAAUCCACACACGAAGUGUCAUCACCCUUUGGCGCUUCCCCCUGGUGGCCCGGGUCCCUCUUGUGUGGCGUGUCGUGGACGCAGUUGAAAAUCGGCGGCGACCUCCUGAUGUCGACCUGUUGCUGCGUCAGGAAGAAGGGCCGCACUCUGCCCGCCUGAGGGGUGAUGUGUUGCUGCACCACAUUGUAGCCAUAGCGCGUGACAGAACCGCCGACCCCCUGUGUGUAGGGAGGGAGGGAGGGAUGGAGGGUUGGAGAGACAUGCAUAGAGACGCAUCGAUCCGAGCGGUGCCGAUACAUCCAUCCGAUGGACAACUCGUGUGUGUUUGUGUACCUGUUCCUCAAUGAGUGGCUGCCAGUAGGUGGGAUACACGAGCUCGUAUGGGUCGUUUACAGGCUUGUAACCGGUCCAGUCCUCAUAAGGCAGGCCAUUGUGCUCGUGCAGCAUGGUGCCGUCCCUGUUGUACCCGUCGUCGUUGAACCACUCUACAGUCUCCCUCCCCACCAGGUUACCCAGGCCUGCAGCCGUCUCCUCGUCGGCCUCCGUGUUCAACGGAUUGUAGCCCAGCAGCGGCAUCACUUGCUUAAAAGCCUCAGCUGUACAUUCGCAUGCCACCCGAUCAAUCCCACGACCGAUCAGUGAGGUGCUCGCGCUUCUGCUGACCUGCUCGAGGUACGAGGAUCCUCUGGAAUUCGUAACACGCAUGGACGCCAGCCUCCUGGCGGUUGUGGUGGGUCCGCAUGUGUUUCGGCACGCGGCGAUCGGGGCCAAAGAAGACGUGCCAAUCGUCAGUGAAGGUCGCCACGGCGUGGAAGAUGGCCACAGUCACCAUCAGGGUGUGGGCGUUCUGAAUUGGUGGCUCGUAUGUGAGAAUGUUCGGCGCCAGCAGCGCGAUGCACAUGAGGGUGGGGAUUUCCUUGACGUAUUGCAAGAGCCCGACGUCGAGGGUAUUGGCGAGCACCACACUGGGCAUACUGAACACAUCCUCCCAGAAGGCACGGGGCACCCUGUCGGUGAACUCGGCUGAACGACAUAACACAACACACGAACAAACAAACGAUCGACACCCAUUCACCGUUUGUCUGCCCUUGUGUCGGUCUGUACGUACCAAGUCCGAGCCUUGUGAGCGCCUGCAGCUUGCCCUGCAGGCUCUCUGCGGCCUCGAGCGGGCUGAACGGUCCCAUGGGAGGCCGCAGAGAAGGAAACAUGUAGUCGCUCACCUCCGGCGUAAGGAAACCUCCGCCGAGCAAGUUGCCCGCCGUUUCCAGCAGCGUUUCCGCCGCCUGUCCAGCGGCAUGUAGUGGUGGGAAGAGCAGGUCCACGAUUUCACCGAGCGGACUAUUUGGCCUCGCCUUCUCCCCCUUCUCAUCGGGACCGCAGCGAAAUGACGGAGCCGCAACCAGGAGAAGAAAGAACGCCGCGACCGCCGGCCUCAGCACCGCCAUAAUCGUUCACCAGCACUCGAAUCCCUCAAGCACUGCACGUCAAGCGGGCUGCAUCUGUG